AUGAGGAGUAAAGAAGAAUCAGUAACAGCUACACCGGCCGGCGACAUCCGCCACGCCGGAAUCGCGGGAGCACUACGACCAUCCCAACAAUGCUCCCUCACUGUCAAACUCCACACCCGAUGCAACUCCUCGGGUCACCGCAACCCCUUGUUAUUCGAUCACGCCAACCACUGGGAGAUUCCGGCAUCAAAUCUGCGACCAACCGUGCCUUUGUCUCCACCGCAACACAACAUCGACAAGGCCCUCCGCUCUGAUCCGCGCCCAACCAUGAUUCGCUCUAAACCUCUGCGGAAUCACGAUUCCGCCCUCCCCCGCUACCACUUCUUCAACCGCACAACAGAACCUCUGCGUCGAAGCCAUUCAACACCACGCCUCCGCAACAACUCCGACGGACACCGGUCGCUGUCGAUGUACGAGGGUCGCUACCGGACGUCUGGAAAAUUUUAA